AUGACUGCGGUAUCAGAGGCGAGUACUGCCUAUGAUACGGACUACCGACAAGCACUCAUCGAGGGAGGAAUAUACCCCCCCUUUUACUUUAGAGGCGAUGAUCCACGGAAACAAAUGCCGGCCAAUUGGGAUGAUAUUAAAGUACGCCUGAAGGUUCGACGCCCCUCACUCUCAGAGACAAGAUUUACAGAGGAGGACUUCGACGACUUCCGGUGUGCUGUUACCGACGCGUCCAAAGAGCGUAUGGUAACAACAAAAGUCAUUCCCAAGAUUACUGGUCGCGAGGAUGAUCGCCUGAAUGGAGCUGGGUCUAGAUUUUCCAACCUCGACCGACUAACCGAUUUAGCUCUUGCUUCUGCGAGCCCUGACUCGUACUAUGGAGCGAGGCCAGAGCAGUUGGACAAACAAGUUCGUGCUCGACUGAGCAAGCUUGUUGUACCAACAACUCAAGCGGAUCUUCCGAUAGUCCCAAACUUCUUUUUGGAAGUGAAGGGCCCAGACGGUUCCGAUCGAGUAGCUCUGAACCAAGCUGUAUACAAUGAGGCUCUAGGGGCAAGAGCUAUACAUAGUCUUCAGCAGCAUGACCGGGAGGACAUAGUGUGGGAUCGAAAGGCCUACACUAUCAGCUGCACGUACGCACGCGAACAGCUGAAGAUGUUCACCGUUCACAUACUACCGCCCGAAUCGGAAGGGAAACGACCACAAUACGUGACGCAUUUGCUAUGUCAGCUGAAUCUGAUGCAUAGCAUUGAGGCAUUUCGGGAGGGUGCAUCGAUGUAUCGCAACGCCAGGGACUGGGCGAAGGAGAUACGAGACAAGGCCAUCGAUGCAGCAAACCAGCGGGUGGACCCACCCUGA